AGUGAACCUGUGUCUCCUGCAUUGGCAGGUGGAUUCUUAACCACUGUGCCACCAGGGAAGUCCCCUGCAUGAUGGUUUUGAGGGAGAGAGUUUCUGUACUGACAGUUGUUUAGUUACUUUCAUUCUAAAUGCUUCUGCCUUGCUUUCGGCACUUGCCGUCUGGCCUUACUCCAUGCAGGGGGCCUUAACACUUCUAGCCAACUUCUUUCCCACCCUCUGAUAACAAAGCUUCAUACCUUUCUUCUCUUUUUCCUUCUUAUUGCUAUCUCCUUCCUACAACUACCUGAACAACCAGCUUACCUUCAAAGCCCUGCCCUCACCCCAACACGUAUACCAAAGCUGUCUGCCACCUAGGAAGCCUCCUAAGUCCCAUUUCUGCCACUUCCCAGCAGUGCGUCCUUGGACAGUUAACAAUGUGUGUAUCCUCUUUGUUCUCCAGUUUCCCCACCUAUGAAAGUAGGGAAAUAGUAUCUCCCUUACAGGAUUGUUGUAGGAAUCGGAUGGGUUGAUCCAGAUGAACUUACAGCACUGUCUCGCUGCCUGUUUGGGACAUUGUCAAAUAGUUUGGUGGCUCAUAGGGCACCUGGCCAAACAACUAGUCACAUUUGGUGUCCCCUGGCUGUGGCCGUCUCUACAGGAAGAGCCUGCACUCAAGCAGGCAGUAAAGGCUGGUUGACCGAAGCUUUGCUGUCUUCAGCGUGUACAGUGGGGAUAAGGGCCGAUGGGAAGACAAGGCGUUGCAGUUGUAUAGUUGGCAGAAGGUAGCUCCAUUUUUUGGAUAAGGCCAGUACAAUUUCUGUUUUAGAAAAGAUCACUUUGGUAGCAGUAAGCACUGGUCAUCCCAGUGUACGUGUGGGUUUGUAGCUGAAGAGCUUAUUGCCUUCUCCCCAGCUGCCGCCCACCAGUGGCAGAACUUGACCUUGGUGGAAGUUGUUUCCAGUUCCAAGAGUCAGAACAUUAGGUCCAGAGCUGAGGAUCUGGGGUCAAUUUGCUUAAUCUUUCCUGAUCCUUAUUCUUUGUGUACAAGGGACAGUUGUCGCUUCCUCAGAGCGCUUGUGAGGAUUAAUGGGAGUGGACGUGAAGUGGCUUGUACUAAGUACUCUUCUGUCUGCUUGCCCGCACACCUCUACACCUUCAUUUUGUAGGAGAAAAAGAAAUAGGCCCAGAGCUGUGGUUUCCAUUCCCUCAGCCAGAUGAGGGAAGAGGUGGGAUGGGAUGUUAUGACCAGUGUUGCCAUGUACUUUCACUUCUGCUUAAAUUCUCUAAGCUUUUAUAGGCAAGGAAGUAGUUUCUUUUUGCUUAAAGGGCCCUCAGUUGUACACGGAGGAGAAGAGUUUGUGUGGAAGAUCGCAGCCACGGGCGCAUGGGUCCCCCCGGGCCAGGAGCCGGGGACGGCAGGGGCCUUUGUGCCCCAUACACACCUCUCUUGGAGUCUGUCACCAGUCUUAGUCUACCGCGCAUGGCUGGUUCUCCGACCCUGAGCUGGAAAGGGUCACUAGGAAGAUCCAGGCCGUUGGGGUAACAUCCGGUGAACAGCAUGUUGUCAUCAAAGGAACGCUGUAACGUGUUUGAGUUUCUUUUGUGUUCUUAAGCCCACAGCAGGGUCAGGGGAAAAGGGUGCCGCUCAGUUGUCUGUGGGCAAGCUGGGCUGCCAUAGCUGAGAGCACCUCUUUCACCCUGCAGCAUUUCCAUGAAACCUUCUGGAGCUUCCAUGUCAGAUGUCACAGACCUAGGCUUAAAUUUGUACCGUCUUUAACUUCACGGAUGUACAUCUCCACACAUGCCAAGGAAACUCUGGGCAUUUCUACAACUACUGCCAGGUGCAAACAAAUCAGUGCCGAUUUGACCCCAGCCCUCGACCGUGAGGCCUAGACGUAUCACAAGGGCUCUUAGCAUUCAUCUCCAACCUGUCCGUCUGCCUGUCCUGUUGCCCACCCGGAGGCCCCUCAUGCUUUCGUAGCCUCUGUCACUCUUGUUUCUGGGAUCUAGAUAAGGUAGGGAGCAGGACUAGAAAUAACUUUUUUUUUCUUUUCAAUGAGGGCUCAAACUGGUUUUCAGAUCAACCUGCCUUGAGUGUGCCAGGCAGUGGGAAACAAAGGUAAGUUAGUGUGCUAAGCUCAGGGAGCUUGGUUUACUCUUUGGGCUUAGUUUGUCUUUUCCUCUCACCUUCUGCUGCCAUCUCUACAAACUUGUUUUCCACUAAUGUGUGCAUUUUAUCCUCCUGCUGCAGCCAGAUGCUAAAAGAAAAGGGAAUCCAAGGGAACCUGAGAUAGUCGUUCAUCACAAGUCAAACUUUUUAGAAGAUUAAGUAGCUUAAACUGAGCAGGCAGUUGGCCAUCCUCACUUGUAAAAAGGUGCCUGAAUUUUCACAUCAGUGAGAAAUCAUGGUUCCCACCUUUCCCGGUUUCUAGUGCAAAAUACAACGCAUCUACUUCUCAGACAAGUAAAGGGAAAUCAAACACUUUAGUUUGAAUUUACCAGGCUGCAAAUUAAUUUUUUUUCUAGUUACUAUUUUGUUAAUUCUGCUAAUUAGAAUUUGCCUUUAACCAGGGCCUUUCAUGAAUUGAGACUGUGUGUUUCACGUGAUUCUUUUAUAUGGGGAUUAUAUCAAUGUUGAUCUCAAGUGGUUAAUUAAAACUAAAACUGUUACACUAAGCUCUGGUGUGUUAUCUAAGCACUAAGGGCCUAUGACUUGGAUUUAUUCUGGUAAUACCACGUUUGUCUAAGCAACCUGUAAAUGUACUUUUGAUAUUUGAAAUUGUUUGGAUGGGUGAGGGAAAACAAAGGAUUCAUUUCUAAUAGGCAUCGAUAACUUAUUUUGGGCUCUUCUAAUAAGCUAAACAACAAAUAUAACUCAGCCUAAAUUUGAGCCUUCAAUAGCUUCAAGAGCUGCUCCAGAUCUAAGUCACAGUCAAUUGGGAGAAUUAAAAACUAUACCAUGGACUUGGCACAUGUUCUGCACUGUGCUUUCAUAUAGACUACUUUUUUCUAAGAGUUAACUCCAUUAUUCAUACAUGUGUCAGAAGUUGUUGACAUGGAAAAUGCCAACUAUAGGCAUCUUAGGUUCCUGAAAAAGUGUUUACUGCAUUUAUUAAGGUUCUUGCAACUGUAGCCAGUAACCAACAGCACCAUGAGGAUAGCUGUAAUAAUAUGUCUGAAAUGAGAAAUAGUAAUUCUUGUAAAACUACAGAAAACAUUUUUGGAUACUAAACAUAGAAUGACACUAGAUGAGAUGACUUAUCCAUUGUUUUGAAAGUUUUGGGGUUUUUUUGGAUAAACAAUGGACAUCAUCUUUUAAACACCACAAAAGUAGAAAAUUGACUAAAAGCCAUUCCAGAUAAACGUUGUCCCUCCUCCUCUGCCUGCCCCACUAGAGAUCAGUGUUUAGGCUUGGAGGGGAAGCUUCUAAGUGUAUUUGGUUUUGGCACGUGGAUACAGGGAUAGUGGGGAAGGCUAGGAGGAAAGGAAUUGAAGGAAUUAAACAAGGUAGCAGAUUAGAAGGCUCAAAGGGGAGAGAUUUUGGAAUAUGGCUCAUAAGAUUUUAACUUUUUUCAACUAAUACAUAUGUAGGUUCCAAAUUCAAAAGAGAUAAAAUAAGUUUUCUUUAUACCCUGUACCCCAACCUAGCAGUGGUAUUUGGUGUAAGCUGAACUACUUGGAUAUCCUUCCAGAGAUUUUUGAUUGUGUAAGCAUAGACUUGUGCUUUUACACACACAGUUUCACACUUGCUUUUUUAUUAAUCAAUCUUGAUAAGCAUUUCAUAUUCAUACAGACAGAGCAGCCACCAUUCUUUUGGACAACUCCAGGCAUUCGUAUCCUGUUGUAUACAUGCAUCAAGUCAUUUAACUUUCUUUACUGAUGACUAUUUGUAGCUUUAUAAAUAAUUCUUCAGUGAAUAUCCUUGUGCAUACUUGCAAGUAUACUCACAGGAUUAAAUCCAAAGUGGACCUCCUAGAAGUAGAAUUGCUAUGCCAAAGGGUAUGUCCACUUAAAAUUGAGAGUCCCAUGUUGUUCUUCAGAGGGAACCCACGGGCAGUGUACCAAAAGUGUCUGCUUCUUGGUCUUUGCCAAUCUGAUAGAUAAAAAUGAUACAUUGAAGUCUAAAUUUGCCCAUCCCUUAAGGUAAGUUUGAAUAUGUUAAGUGUCUGAGCCACUGUUCGUGUCCUUUGCCCCUUCUUUUAUGUUGGGGUUCUAGUAUUUCUGAUGUGUAGGAGCUCCUUAUUCAUUAAGGAAAUGACUGCUUUGUCUAAUGUUACAAGUAUUUUCCUGGUUUUGUCUUCUCACGUCUUUAUGGUGUUUUCACCAUGUAGACGUUUUAAUUUUUAUAUAGGCAAAUGUAUCAAUUUUUUGUGACUUCUAUGUGAUUUAGAAAGGAAUACCUACUCUAGGUAAAUUUACAUAAAUUUCAUGUUUUUCUAGUAUUGUUAGGGUUUCAUCCUUUUACACUUAAGUCUUUGAUUCAUCCAUCUAGAUCUUAGAUUGGCACAAGCUAAGGAGCCAUCCUUGCUUAUUUUUAAAAUCUAGAUAACUAUCCAGAUGUCUCAAAAAUUUCCCUUUACUAUUUUGAAUGCCUCCUUUUUAUACACUAAAUCCCCUUAUGUACUAGAUUUUCAUUCUAGAUUUAAAAAAUUCUGUUUCAUCUAUUUGUCUGCCUUUUUCUGCCAAUAUCAUUGCUGUUAUCAGUUAUUGUAGCUUCAUAAUAUCUCUUACCAGGCUAGUAGACACCAUUCCAAUUUUUAAUAACUUUUCUGGCUAUUCCUGCCCCUCCUCCCAUUAGAACCUUACAAAUUUUCAGUCUAAAAUAGAUUCUAACUCUGAAUCUACUACAAUUUCAGAGAUUUUAAAAUAUGUGAAAAUUUUCAUGCAUAUGUACUACACCUCCCACCCUCCACCCCCGCCCCAAUAAUGAGUGAUAGCUUUCCUCAGAUUCUCCCUCAUCUUAGAUGUCCCGCUUCUAAUGUUAAGAGCCACUGUUCUAGAGGUGGGAGUAGUCCUGACUUUAGAUGACUUCUUUUUUUAACAAGUCCUUAAAAAAAGGCACGAGUCAAAAGUGAUUCCUGCAACUAUUCUCCUCUACAACAUUAUUGAGUUUCUUCCUAGAGAUUUUCUUAAAAUUAAUUGUUCCUUCUUUUCCAAGUACUGACUGAAUUGCAGCUCCUCUGUUGCUGUGACUUCUUAUGCCCAUACCAGAAACCUGAGCCUUGGAAGCACACUAACAGCUGAUACACAGAGUAAAAAAAGUUGUAUUUUUAUAGGUAAAUCAACACACCUGGCAGAAAUCAAUGUCACUAAAUCAUAGUUUAGCAGUGUUUCAAAACAAAGCUGGAGCCAUACCUUUCUGUAAUCAUUUGAACUUAAUUGUGUAGUGCCCUACGCAGUGGGCACAAGUGUAAUGUGUGCUACGCUCAUCAUUAAAGGGGCCACAAAGAACCAAGUGUAUAUAGAGCACAUUAAAAAGAGAUCUCUACUGUCCCAAACCUGACUUGAAACCAAAGGCCAGCCACGGUAAACAUCAAGUAUUUCAUCACAAAUUUUGCUUGGUAUCCUUAACUUAGAAGUGCUUUGGUAGGAUCAUCUAGACAGCCUAGGGCUUUCUAACGCUGUCCAAACAGGUUUGAAGGAAAACGUUUACCUUCCCCUUUGGCAAGUAUUCUUCAGUAGCAAGCAGAAGAGUGCCCAUCCCCCACUGGCCUUCCUGGAGCCUGCUUUAAUCACGUGAUCUACUUUCCCAUGGCCAACUAAGCAAAUUCAGUCCCUUAACCUACAUACUACAGGGAGCCUGUGAUCUGGCUUGAGAAGAGGCGCAUGAUGGCCGGACCGGACAACUCGUCAGGUCUCGGCUGCCGUCUGCCCCUCAACCCCAGCUGAGAGCUCUUGUUGCCUUUCUGUCGGUUGUGUCCCCGCCCCAUAAAUGAGCUCCUCUGUGGCCUUCCUGUUCGCCCCGAUCAACUGACACUUCUUCUGCCUUCAUAGUACAUUUUCUUUCGCCGACCCACUGCCUCAUAUUGAGACAUUGUGUUCUCACCCUCCUCCUUGAUGACCAGCUCCUGGAAAGCUCGUCUUGGUGUGUCCAGUGGUGCCCCCAACAUGGAUCGACAACCAUCCCAUUGAUCUGAGCUCUAUAGAUAAGGCGAGGGUCCCUGGCACCAGUGCAAGACUAAAAACCCAAGUUGGAACCCCAGGACUGUGCAUGCUGGACGUGCUUUCAAAGGCGGCCGCGUCCAAACAAUGAAGCUGCAGGUCAUUGGGAUGGAUUUUGUGUGUCUAGCAAGUCAGAAGAGUGAAGAGGGUGGCAAAACUUCCUGUUUGCAGUGAAGUCUGAAGACAGCACCUCAGCCUUUUACAUCCAUCUAGCUAAUGUGGGACCCACGUGGAUCCACAGCACCUGGACUUUCUAAUGUAUCCGUUUUUGUUAUUCCAUAUUAGCAUUUCCAGGGAAUCUGUUGUUUCAUUUUCUGAACAAUAUAACUUAGUUGAAAAUUACUUUGGUAACCUUGUGGUUCUAGCUGGUGAUGUGCGAGAAGCACGUUUUUCUCCUAGUACUGAGUGCUAACUUUGUUCUCCUUGGGAGGGAUUCUUUGUUCUCUCCUGAAGGGAUUCUUUUUCAAAAUACAGUUGAAAAAUCACACUGCCCUGAGGAGGUUUUCCACGUCCUGUGUGGGGCCUCCUUGCUGGGCAGAGCGGUUCCACUGCUUAGCUGACCUAACCCUUUGUUACUCAGGAAUUUUGUCAUUCAGACACCUCCUUGGUCCUACCCUGGAUAACAGGAUUGUUUGUUACGAGGCAGACAGCUCCCGUAAGUGAAGAGGAUAUCGGCGUAUUUGAUUCUAGCAGGACCAAGCCCAGGGCUGAGAAUCCACCUGUUCACGAAGAGAAGGAAGCUUCUCUUGUGGAUCCUGUGUUCUGUGUGGGCACUGUAGCCGAGGUAUCAACCAGCUCAGGAUGCAGUUAGGGAGCCAAAAGCAGGAGAGGUGAUUUCCGUGGAAAACAAGGAAAACUAGCAAAACCUAUAGACCCUCUGUUGAAUAAUGUUGUGUUUAGGUUACUCGGUUUAGUAAGUUUGUCUGCUUCCCUUCACACACAGGCUCCACCCCCGACCCUACCCUCACACGGACAAAACGGGCAAAACAAACAAACCCCACAGAAAACAAAAGUGCGAAGUUGUCAGAUUUGGUGUAGGUUUCCCCAGCAAGAACAUCCCCCAAGAUGGCAGAGGAGAGCAGCAGUACCAGCGACUGCGUGUCCUUCAGCGUGCUCACCUGGGACCAGGUGAGCCGGCUGCAUGAGGUCCUGACCGAGGUCGUACCCAUCCACGGACGAGGCAACUUCCCCACCUUGGAGAUCACGCUGAAGGACAUCGUGCAGACGGUCCGCGGCCGGCUGGAGGAGGCGGGCAUCAAAGUGCAGGACGUCCGGCUGAACGGCUCUGCGGCCGGCCACGUCUUGGUCAAGGACAACGGGUUGGGUUGCAAAGACCUGGACCUCAUCUUUCACGUGGCUCUGCCCACAGAGGCCGAGUUUCAGCUGGUCAGGGAUGUGGUCCUGUGCUCCCUCCUGAACUUCCUGCCAGAGGGCGUGAACAAGCUCAAGAUCAGCCCAGUCACUCUGAAGGAGGCGUACGUCCAGAAGCUGGUGAAGGUGUGCACGGACACUGACCGCUGGAGUCUGAUCUCCCUCUCCAACAAGAACGGGCGGAACGUGGAGCUGAAAUUUGUGGACUCCAUCCGGCGUCAGUUCGAGUUCAGUGUGGACUCUUUCCAGAUCAUCCUGGACUCCCUGCUCUUCUUCUACGACUGCUCCAGCUGCCCCCUCUCCGAGCACCUGCACCCUGCUGUCAUCGGGGAGAGCGUGUACGGGGACUUCGAGGAAGCCUUGGCCCACCUGCGGAACAGACUCAUCGCCACCAAGAACCCCGAGGAGAUCCGGGGCGGGGGGCUGCUCAAGUACAGCAACCUCCUGGUGCGGGACUUCAGGCCCGCCGACCAGGACGAGAUCAAGACCCUGGAGCGCUACAUGUGCUCCCGCUUCUUCAUCGACUUCCCCGACAUCCUCGAGCAGCAGAGGAAGCUGGAGACCUACCUGCAGAACCACUUCGCGGAGGAGGAGAGGAGCAAGUACGACUACCUCAUGACCCUGCGCAGGGUGGUGAACGAGAGCACCGUGUGCCUCAUGGGCCACGAGCGCAGGCAGACCCUGAACCUCAUCUCCCUGCUGGCGCUGCGCGUGCUGGCCGAGCACAACAUCAUCCCCAACGCCACCACCGUCACCUGUUACUACCAGCCCGCGCCCUACGUCAGUGACGGCAGCUUCAGCAACUACUACGUGGCCCACCCUCCGGUCACCUACAGCCAGCCCUACCCCACCUGGCUGCCCUGCAACUAACCUUGGGACCCGAGGGUUUCCACAGGGGGGACCCCCGUAGGGCGAGGGCUCUCAGGUUAGGGGAGCCUCCUUCUAGACGUAGGUGUUUGGCUUUUAAAGGGGAACUCAGCUCUGACUCUGCUUUUUUUUUUUUUUUUUUUUCUUUGUGCGCCCAUUGGAAUGGGUCUCCAGUAUAUCAUGAGCCAACCCUAAAGGGACCUGUGAUUCCAGUGCCACUUUGGAAAAUGCUAUAGGAACUAUGACCUAUCCACAUCUUUCCAAGACAGACACUAACAUGCCGUGUUCCAAACAUCGGCACGGGGACGUCUGAGCUCCGUGCGGUCGUUGAGAUUGGGAAACACGUGGGCAGUGUAGAAGUCUCCAGCUGCUGGGCUUCUCACUGGAGCCUAGGGUAGGGGAUGUUGGCCCUCCCCUGGAAUUCUCAGCACUUACGUGGAAGUUGUGCGGAUGGUCUAUUUUCUUGUGUCAGUUUUAGUCCCGCAGAAAAUGGUAAACAUGAGGGUGCUCUUGUGGCUUAAUUUUUGUUCAAGGGACUAAAUUGCUUAUGUUUAGUCUCUGUCAGCAGAGCUGAGGAUUUCUCUCCUCAAUAAACCAAAGCCGAUAGCUGGAGAAUCACGAUCUGGUUGGAAGUGGUUUAUGGUUUAGAUGCUGUGCUAUCACGAGGAAUUGUGAGAUAUUGCUGAGAAAAAAAAAAAAAAAAAA